AUGUUGCCCAACCCCCUAACAAGAUAACCAAUUCCCACAUGCACAACCUCCAGGCAGUCACCAAACCCCAUCCCAGCAACUCUCCUUCAAGGGCUUCAACCCCCAUGGCUUUUGCUCAAGAAGAAUGAAAGUUUGAAUAUUAUAUAAUUGUUGUUUGUCCUGAGAUAUAUAUGUAAUUGCUAAGUAGCUAGAAAUAAAUGUGGGUCUGGUAAAUAGUACCGCUGACUGAGAGAAAAAUGGUAGGCAGUGCAAGGCUUUGCUUGCACAACUCCAUGAGAGCUUUGAAUUUAUUUGUCAACGUUUGUGGAGUUGGAGUCAUCAUCUACUCCCUUUGGCUCAUCAAGAAAUGGCAAGUUGGAGUCUCUGAGCUCCCUCCCGUCUCGCAUGUCCCAAAGCCAUGGUUUAUCUAUACAUGUUUAGGUAUAGGAAUUGCUGUCUGCCUGAGCACGCUUUGCGGUCAUAUGGUUGCCAAUUCCAUCAGCAGUUUUACUCUCUUCAUUUACAUAAUCUCCAUCUUCUGUCUUCUUUGCCUCGAAGUUGGAGUGAUUAUCAACAUUUUCUAUAGGAUGGACUGGGAAGUGCAAUUUGCAAAGUACAUUGAUGAGGAUCACACCGUGUUCAAAAACUUCUUGACGUUUCAUCUAAACAUCUGCCGCCUCAUUGCAAUUAUCAUCUUGAUACCACAGAUCAAAGCUAUUGUGCUAGCGAUCAUUCUUUGGGCCAUUGGUUCCGAGCCGAGGGCGGAUCAAUGCAACUAUUCUGAUGUCACAAACUUCAGAUAUUCGUUUCUGGCAGCGCCUACACAAUCUUUACUAGAUAUAUGGCGACAUGGAUUCCGAAACUAUGAAGUUUCGUCAAGAGAAUUCGAAAACCCGCCACGCCCGAGUUUUGUUUCAAAUGUACAGAGAUUUUUCAGAAUGCAUUUUCACAGAAGAGUCACUCUUAGUUAGGGAAGAAGUAUAUAAGUUUUGGGUUUAGGGUUCCCCUGCAUUUUUUGUAUGUUGGUGAAAGGGGAAGUUUGGGAGAGGUUGAAAAGUAGCAUAGGAGAUAGAAUGAAAUGGAUUAAUUUUACAGAAACUAGUAAUUCUCUCCAAAAUUAAUUACUUGAAAAGCAUUUGUUUA